AUGACAUUGACCCCACCAUCGUCGUCGUCCUCGUCGUCCUCGUCAACUCGUGACAAAAAAGACAAGAGUACUGCAAACCGAUAUCCCAAAGCAGUUGUAUUUGACCUUGAUUAUACAUUGUGGCCCUGUUGGUGCGAUACCCAUAUACAAACACCCUUGAAGCUGGUAUCUAAAACUGAAAUCGUUGACAAUUACGGCACUUAUCUAUCGCUAUAUCCUCACGUUGAAUCAAUCGUGCAAGAACUAGCAGCUAACAAUGUUAGAAUCGUCGGUGCAAGUAGAACAGCCACUCCUCAAGUUGCCAAAAAAUUGUUGACAAUGCUACACAUUGGCAAUAAGCCCGCCAUUUCAUAUUUUGACUCGUUGCAAUGGGGCCAAGGCUCCAAGACUAAACAUAUUAAGUUAGCUGCAAACCAAUUGGGCAUGGCAAAUGAUUUGCAAAGUGGUGAGUUUAUUCUUUUCGAUGACGAAACAAGAAAUAGGGACGUGAAUAAGGUCAAUUGCCAUUUUGUUCAUGUGCCAGAUGAAUCUAAAGGUUUAACAAGAGAGAUUUUUGAAAAGGGAUUGAAGCAAUGGGCUUCAGCAACACCAUCAACAUUGUAA